GGGUUCAUGUUCCGGGUCGCCGAGCCCAACCCGACCCGAGCUCCGGCGGCGAGGAAGAGCUGGCAUUUCAGUAGGACUAUGGAGGAGCUGGUUCACGAUUUAGUCUCAGCACUGGAAGAAAGUUCAGAGCAAGCCAGAGGGGGUUUCGCUGAUACUGGAGAUCAUUCUCGAAGUGUCUCUUGUCUUCUGAAGCGGCAGGCAAGAAAAAGGAGGGGACGAAAAAGGCGUUCAUUUACCACCCAUCAUCCCUGGGAGACUGGUCACUGUUUAAGUGAAGGUUCUGAUUCCAGUUUAGAAGAAUCAAGCAAAGAUUACAGGGAAAAUCAUACUAACAAAAAAGACCACAGUGACUCUGAUGACCAGCUGUUGAUUGCUAAACGCAGGCCUUCCUCAAACUUAAAUAACAUUAGAGGCAAAAGACCUCUAUGGCAUGAACCGGAUUUGGCUAUGGACAAUUUAGGAAACAGAACUUUGCGCAGGAGAAGAAAAGUGAAACGGAUGGCAGUUGAUCUGCCAUCAGAAGUUUCUAAUGCACUGACAAUAACUCAACAGCAGGAUAACAGAGAUCAAAAAAUGGACAAUGACAAUAAAUCAUACCAACAUCAGGAGUUUUCUAAGAGCAAAGAAAAGAGAAAAGUAGCUGCAGUUCGACAAGGACCUGAAAUCUUGGAUGAAGGAGUAGUAAUAGAAAAUGAAGAAAUGAACCAAGCAAAUAAGGACAAAAUGGAGUAUGAGGAGCAAAAGGGCUCAGAUGAGAACAUGAGUGACAGUGAAUCCAGCAGUCUGAGCAGCAGUGAUGCUGGUUUGUUUACCAAUGAUGAAGGAAGACAAGGUGAUGAUGAACAGAGCGAUUGGUUUCAUGAAAAUGAAUCUGGUGGAGCAUGUGGAAUUACAGGAGUCAUUCCUUGGUGGGAACAAGAAGACUCUACAGAACUGGACAGAGAAUUGCCCGAUCCAGUCUUUGAAAGUAUCUUAACUGGUACUUUCCCCCUCAUGUCCCAUUCAGGGAGGAGAGGUUUCCAGAGCAGGUUUAGUCAUCUUCAUGGAAUGCCAGCAAGAAACACAAAAAAGGCUUCAGGAAACCAAAAUGCAAUGAUAACUCCAGGACCAGGUGGUAGCAGAAAGACAAUUCACUUGUCCCAGGAUUCUCUUCACCAUGACCAUUGGUUUAGCCCUGGGGCUAGGAAGGAACAUAGCCAGCUCUUGCGAGACAACCGGUCGGACAGAGGACACAAGAAGAACAGCUCUGUAAAAACAGCUAGCAGGCAAACCAGUGUGCAUUUAGGAUCAUUGUGCAUGGGAGACAUCAAACGGAGAAGGAAAGCUGCUCCCCUGCCAGGACCCACAGGGUUUGUAGGUGAAAACACCCAACCAAUCCCAGAAAACAACAUUGGAAAUCGAAUGCUUCAGAGCAUGGGCUGGACUCCUGGCACUGGCCUUGGACCAGACGGGAAAGGGAUAGCAGAGCCAAUACGAGCCAUCCAGAGACCAAAAGGACUUGGACUUGGAUUCAGCUGACAGAAAUGCACUUUGGCUGCCAAGUGAAAGUAAAGAUUGAAAAUAAUUUAAAAAGACAAGAAUUGCAAACUUGUAUUAUUUGUUAUGAUCAGCAAAUCCAGUUGUUCUUCUCUCAAAGAUCACUGAAGCCUGUGUGCUUCACAUCAGCUACUCCAGCUGCAAGUACAGCCACAGUGACAGAACGGCGUUUGAAUCUAAUUUUACAAUGGUGCUACAAUUUACAAACACUUGUAUUUUUUUAUUUCCUCUGGUCUUAAAGUUUGUAUUAAGUAAAAAAUUCAGUGUAUUUGCUUCUUUUCAUAGAGCCUUCUGACACAGCAGAUUUUAGUAUAUAAGCAAUUUUUUUUGUAAGUAUAAUUUCAUCUCAAGAGCCUUGAUAAGGUUUGUCAAGGAAAAUUGAAGUUUAUAUAGUAAUUGUGUUUUCCCCCUUUUCAGGCCAAGUUUCCAAACCUGAUAUUUCUAGUGUUUAACAGUAUUUGAGGAUAAGCUGUCAUUUUGCCUGUAAGAUAUACAUGUUUUCUGCUGGAAGGUGAUAUGUUAUACAAUUUUGUAUAAGAGCGUGAAAAAUGGUUUUGUCAUCAUAGGAAUGCCAUUUCAACAUCAUUAUCUGGCAAUGUAUCACUGUCUUCCACGUUCAAGCUCAAAAGUAAAGCUUUUAUACUUGUUUUUACAUUUGCAGGAUUAUCUUUUUUCAGCAGAUAUUUUAAAAUUUUUAAGUUUAUUCUAAGUGUGGAUAUCUCUUUAUAUAAAUAAUCCUUAAUGUGUCUACACUUAAGGAUAUAUUUCAACUUUGAACCAGAAAGUUGUAUUUUAAAGAUGCCCCUGUCAGUGUUAAUAUGCUGGGAUUUGGUAUUUUAAACAAUGCAGUGUUCAACAUUUGUUUUGUGAUUGUGCUGGUGCCAGUGAGCCACAAUGUUUAAGGAACAUAAAGUAACUGAAAAAGGACAAGAAGUGAGAUUAGGAUGAAGGAAAGGAAGGAAAAAGAUAGCUUCUUAAACAUCGAAGCUAGCAAUUUAAAAUCGAGAAGGGUCAUUAAGUGUUUUAAUCAGUAUCCUAAUGUAUCUAAUAUCAGCAGUAGUAAUUUCAUUAAGCAGCAACCAAUCAAGCUCCCAAGGCACUAUUGGUCUGUAGUAUAAAACAAAUUCCACUUUAAAAUUGAAUGAUAGGGCUGAAGAAAACGGUUGUGCAGAUGGACUAAGGAGAAAAUAUUGCACCUGCUGUAGUAGCUAGAAAUAUUUACUUUGAUUGCAGAGGGAACAGGAUUUGGUUCUUCAGUUUCUUUUCUUCCCUGUCCUUGCUACCAAAUUGCUUAGAAAAAUACCUUAAAGAUGAUUGCAAAGAUAAUUCCUGAGAAUAACAGGAGUGCAGCCUCCUUCAUGUGACUGAAACAUAGUGAUGAAUUUUAAGAACUGUUUUUUUCACUGAUCUUUUUCUUUC